AUGUCACUAAGGCUGCCACAAAAUCCGAACGCGGGACUGUUCAAACAAGGUUAUAACAGUUACUCUAACGCCGAUGGACAAAUCAUCAAGUCAAUUGCGGCCGUUCGUGAAUUGCAUCAAAUGUGUUUGACUUCGAUGGGCCCCUGUGGUAGAAACAAGAUCAUCGUCAACCAUCUCGGUAAGAUCAUUAUUACCAAUGAUGCAGCCACUAUGCUAAGAGAACUAGAUAUUGUCCAUCCUGCUGUGAAAGUUCUUGUGAUGGCGACCGAACAACAGAAGAUCGACAUGGGAGAUGGUACAAACCUAGUUAUGAUUUUGGCUGGCGAAUUAUUGAAUGUUUCUGAAAAACUCAUUUCAAUGGGGCUAUCCGCCGUAGAGAUUAUUCAAGGUUACAAUAUGGCCAGAAAAUUCACUUUGAACGAACUGGAUGAAAUGGUUGUUGGUGAAAUUACUGACAAAAACGACAAGAAUGAACUUUUGAAAAUGAUUAAACCAGUUAUUUCCUCUAAAAAAUAUGGUUCUGAAGACAUAUUGAGUGAACUGGUUUCUGAAGCUGUAUCUCAUGUUUUACCUGCUUCUCAGCAAGCGGGGGCAACUCCUUACUUUAAUGUUGAUUCUAUCAGAGUAGUAAAGAUUAUGGGUGGAUCUCUCGCCAAUUCCACUGUUAUCAAAGGAAUGGUAUUCAAUCGUGAACCUGAGGGCCAUGUAAAAUCAUUGUUCGAAGAUAAAAAGCAUAAAGUUGCGGUUUUUACAUGUCCACUUGACAUAGCCAAUACCGAAACCAAAGGUACCGUUUUGUUACAUAACGCGCAGGAAAUGCUAGAUUUUUCAAAGGGCGAAGAAAAGCAAAUUGAUGCCAUGAUGAAAGAAAUUGCCGACAUGGGCGUAGAAUGUAUUAUUGCAGGUGCUGGCGUCGGUGAAUUGGCGUUACAUUACUUGAACAGGUACGGUAUCCUAGUUUUGAAAGUGCCAAGUAAAUUCGAAUUAAGAAGACUAUGUCGUGUUUGUGGCGCCACUCCAUUACCUAGAUUAGGUGCUCCAACUCCAGAAGAGUUAGGUUUAGUGGAAACCGUCAAGACAAUGGAAAUAGGUGGCGAUAGAGUAACUGUUUUCAAACAGGAACAUGAUGAAAUUUCGAAAACUUCUACUAUUAUUUUGAGGGGUGCUACACAGAACAAUCUAGAUGAUAUUGAAAGGGCCAUCGACGAUGGUGUAGCAGCCGUCAAGGGACUAAUGAAACCAUCCGGUGGUAAGCUGUUGCCCGGUGCAGGUGCUACUGAAAUCGAAUUAAUUUCUAGAAUAACCAAGUAUGGUGAGCGAACACCUGGUCUAUUACAGUUAGCUAUAAAACAGUUUGCCGUUGCCUUUGAAGUGGUCCCUCGUACCCUAGCAGAGACUGCUGGUCUUGAUGUAAAUGAAGUACUACCAAACUUGUACGCGGCACAUAACGUUAGUGAACCUGGUGCAGUUAAGGGAGAUCACUUAUAUAAAGGUGUGGAUAUUGAUGGCGAGUCAGAUGAAGGCGUAAAGGAUAUCAGAGAAGAUAGUAUUUAUGACAUGCUUGCAACCAAAAAAUUUGCUAUUAGCGUCGCUACAGAGGCUGCAACUACUGUACUUUCCAUUGAUCAAAUUAUCAUGGCCAAGAAGGCUGGCGGUCCAAGAGCACCCCAAGGCCCGAAACCAGGUAACUGGGACCAAGAAGAUUGA